CGGCUUGGCAAGCACGCCGAGCAAGAAGGCCCAGCAAUGGCAGCUUCAUCAACGUGGUGGCAAGCUUGCUCAUCGUGGCUGCUCUGGUCCCCAUUCCAGCAGCAGCACAGUCGCUGGUGCCAGGUGAUGCGGUGGCCUGGAAAUCCCCGCUGACAGGCCUGACCGUCCAGAACGGUGGGUUGCAGAAAGGUAGCAGCUCCACCAUUGCAGGCGCCAUCAGCGCGUCAAGCUUCGACCUCUCGCAGGACGGCAUUGCAGGCAUCUCCUUCACCAUUCCGACAUCAGACAGAACCCUCAUGAUUGGAUUCGCCACGCAGGACAACGACCAGACAAGCUUUGCGUCCAUCACUUAUGCGCUGCACCUCACCAAUGUCGGCACUCUCAUCGUAUGGAAUGCGGUGACAUUUGUGGAGGGCAUCGGCAGCUACAUGGCUGGGAAUUCAUUCCAGGUCCGAAUCAACCGAGACAGGCAAUUCGAGGUUGUGUUGGGGGACACCAUCAUCUUUCAGUACAGUGGCAAUGAAGUGACUGCAACCCAGUUGUGGGUGGACACGUCCUUCCAGUCCCCGAACGCCGCGGUGCACGAUGUACAGUGGAUCAGCAACGAGUUUUGGUGUGAUGCUAUCGUGUGUGACAGCCCAACGCCCUGCCGCCCCACAGGCAUGUGCGUUAACGGCGUGUGUGAGUACGAGCCAUUAUCAGACGGGAGCAGUUGCGUGGGAGCGGAAGGCAUUUGUGUUGAUGGCGAGUGUCAACCACCCUCCACCACCACCACCACCACCACGACAACAACUACCACUUCCACGACAACAAGUACCACUUCCACGACGACGACGACGACCACAACGACGACGACGACCACAACUACCUCAACGACCACGACCACUACCACAACAUCUACCACCACUACAUCUACUACCACUACUAGUACAACAACCACAACCACAACCACAACCACAUCAACCACCACGACAACUACCACGACAACCACGACAACUACCACGACAACCACAACAACCACCACGAACCCAUGCGAUGCAGUGACGUGCGUCCCUGGUGGCUGCCAUGCUAGUGCCAUGUGCAUCGACGGAGACUGCGUGCAAGGGCCGCUGUUGCCUGCAGGCACGGCUUGUGAUGAUGGCGAUGCUGGCACGCGCGACGACACGUGCACAGAGCAGGGCGAAUGCGUGGGCAUCGACAAGUGUCUCGACGUGGUGUGCACGCCCAUCAGCCAAUGCCACGCCGCUGGCGAAUGCGUGCGUGGCGUGUGCACAACACCAACGCUGCCAGCGGGCACGCCCUGCGAUGACUUGGAUGACACCACACGCAAUGACCAGUGCACCAUGGGCGUUUGUCGGGGAACACCAAAGUGUGAAGGCGUCACGUGCGAGCCCAUUGAUGAUUGCCACAGCGCAGGCGUAUGCAACGUCCUUACAGGUGUGUGCACCACACCUCGCUUGUCUGACGGCACGUCGUGCGACGACGGAGACCCUGCCACAAGCAACGAUGUGUGCCGGAAGGGGGUGUGUGCUGGUGAGGAUUUGUGUGCCGGCGUCACGUGUCCCGAAGCGCCGCCGUGUCGCCUGGAGGGCGUCUGCUUCGCUGGCCAGUGCUCGUAUGCACUUGAGGACCCUGGAACACCUUGCAGUGACGGCAAUCCAAACACGAUUGAGGAUUCGUGCACGGCAAACGGCGCAUGCAUUGGCAUCAACCCAUGCGAGGCAAACAAUGUCGUGUGCGAGCCGCUGAACCAGUGCCACGAAACACCAGUGUGCAUCGACGGCUUUUGCACGGAGAACAUCCCAAAAGAAGAGGAGACACCGUGCGACGAUGGCGAUGAGCAAACUGUGGACGACAAGUGUCUGGGUGGUGAGUGCGUCGGCACAAACCUCUGCCUUGACGUGGUGUGUGACGACAAGCCGUGCCACUUUGUUGGCGUGUGCAAUUACACCACGGGCACGUGCGAGUAUGAGCAGGUUGCACCCGGCAGUGCAUGCGAUGACGGCGAUGGGCGAACCAUCAACGACACUUGCACCGUGGCCGGCGUGUGUGCGGGCGUGAACCUGUGCCAGGACGUGGAGUGCACGCCACAGAGCGUGUGCCACCUUGCCGGCACAUGCGACUUUGCCACGGGCCAAUGCAGCACGCCGACGGUGUCAGAUGGCACAUCGUGCACCGUCAACGACAUCUCUGGCGCGUGCUUCGAUGGGGAGUGCUUUGGCCUUCAGCAAGGGCCCACCGCCUGCUUCGAGGACGUCGUGUGCAUCGACGGCUCCUGUCCUCCGCACCCGAUCAUCCCUGACGUGCCGUGCAUGGAUGGUGACGCUGGCACUGUCAACGACACGUGCCAGGACGACGGCGCCUGCGUUGGCGUGGAUCCGUGUGUUCUUCACAACGUCGUGUGUGAGGCCAUUGAUCAGUGCCACACAGCUGGUGUCUGUUUCCUUGGAGAGUGCAGCCAUCCCAAUGCCCCUGAUGCCACCCCGUGCGACGAUGGUGACCCGCGCACAGACAACGACGUGUGCAGGGAUGGCGUUUGUAUGGGAGUUGAUCUGUGUGAGGGCUUCACUUGUCCAGCACCGCCCGCGUGUCGCUUGAAUGGAACGUGCGCGAAUGGGCGAUGCACAUAUUCGCUUGCACCAGUCGGCGCUUCUUGUGAUGACGGUGACAGCAACACGGUGGAGGACGUGUGCUUGCUGGACGGAUCGUGCCAGGGCGUCGACCUGUGCGAUUUCCUUGAUGUGCAAUGCGAGGCCGCGUCGCCGUGUCAUGACGUUGCACCUUGCCUUGGCGGCAUCUGUCUUGCGAGCCCGCUCAAACAAGUCAACAGCACCUGCGACGAUGGCAACGAGGACACUGUGAACGACAAGUGCGUGCCCACGGGGGAUGGCUCUUCGCUUCGAUGUGUUGGUGAAGACAACUGUGAGGGCGUCGCGUGCCCCCGAAUCAGUCCCUGCCACGAGGAAGGCUACUGUGACCGGUUCACUGGCGAGUGCGUCAAUCUUCUGCUGCCUGAACAGGCGCCCUGCGAUGAUGGCAACGACCGCACUACGGAUGACACGUGCACCAAUGGGGUGUGCACCGGGAUCGACCUGUGCGACAACGUGCAGUGCACAGCGCCAUCUCAGUGCCACCUCCCCGGUGUCUGCUUCCGCGGAAACUGCUCCCUCGCCUUCAUUCCUGAGGGCGUGCCGUGUGACGAUGGGCUUGCAACCACAUUCAACGACACGUGCGACGGCAAUGGGCGCUGUGCUGGGUUUGAUCCAUGCGAGGAUGUGUCGUGCCCCGCUCCAAACCAGUGCUUUCUUCCCGGCACAUGCGUGGAGGGCGAGUGCGUGCUGGCCCUCCGACCAGACAACUCUGCAUGCAACGACAAUGACCCGUCCACCUACCACGACGUCUGUGUUGCUGGCCUCUGCUCUGGCCUUCUUCCCUGCAAUGAUUCGUGCAUUGCGUGGACGAACAAGAUUGGCGUUGCUGAGACACCGACAUAUGGACUCCGACGCACACGCGGCAGCGAUGGCUGGACGGCGGGCGCUUCCUCCAUUGACGUCAUCGAUCCAAAUGCUGAUGAUGCCGAUGCCCAUGCUGGAUUUGAGGUCCGGCUCUCCGUUGGCAGCAACAACACGCUGGUCGGCUUUGCCGUCACAGAUGACACGACAGACUUCGACAAUGUUGAGUUUGGCGUGCUUGUGUCGACCUCCUUCUCGCUCUUCGUGUACUCCAACGGCGCCUUCCGUGCGGCCAUCGGCACAUACAGCGCUGACGACCGCCUUCGCGUUGUCGUUGCUCGCGAUGCGCACCCGGAGGUGUGGCGCGGCAACGUGCGCCUGUACCGCAGCGAAGACCCCAUCUCGGGUGCCGUUGUCGUCGACGUGUCCAUGUUUGCUGUUGGCGCCAUCCUGACAGACUUUCGGUGGGUUUCGCGCCAAGAGGCAUACUGCUUCAACAUGGUGUGCGCUGCCGACCCAAACAGGGACUGCCACACUGGCAUGAUGUGCGUGCUUGGUGAAUGUGUUCCUGGUGAUCCGGUCCGGGAAGGGUUUGCCUGCGACGACCACAACCCUGUGACGGCACGGGAGGUGUGCGCAAACGGCGUGUGCCGUGGCGUGAACCUGUGCGCCAACACUACCUGUGACGCGCUGGAGCAGUGCUACGCAUCUGGCGCGUGCGAUCAUGCCACGGGCGACUGCGUGUACACGCCAUCGCCACAGGGCACGCCGUGCAACGACGGAAGCGACGACACAGAGAACGACGUGUGCAACGGAAACGGCACGUGUGCUGGCAUCGACCCAUGCACGACCACGCUCUGCCCUGCACCCACCACGUGCAUCCCGACAGUCACCUGCUUCCGUGGCGUCUGCGAAUCAACGUUUGCAGCGCUGGGCACGCCGUGCUCUGAUAACGACAACGCAACUGUGGACGAUGCCUGCGACGGCAUGGGCCAGUGCACCGGCAUCGAUCCAUGCGCCAACGUGACGUGCGAACUUGGGCCAUGCCACAUCGACAUUGAGUGCGUUCUUGGGGAGUGUGUCUUCUCACCUAUAGCGGAUGGCACGGAAUGCGACGAUGGAACGCUUCGCACAGUCAACGAUACGUGUCUGGCUGGUGAAUGCGUUGGCGUGGACCUGUGUGCUGGUGUGGUGUGCGAUACACCCCCGCCAUCACCAUGCUACAAUGCGGUUGGCACGUGUGACGACUUUGGACAAUGCCAGUAUGACCUCCGCCCCGCCGGCUCGCCAUGCGAUGAUGGCGAUGAGACGACGCUGAACGACCUGUGCACAUUCGAGGGAACGUGCGAGGGUGUGGAUCCGUGCUUGGCCGUCACGUGCAACACAACAACAAACCCGUGCUUGUUCCAACCCGUUUGCCGUCUCGGCGAGUGCCUUGAUCCUGAGCCCAAGCCCGAUGGGACCCUCUGCCCCGAUGCUGGUGACAACCCAUGCACCAUUUCCCAGUGCUCAAAAGGCCAGUGCAUCGCUGGCGUGCCCGUGCUGGAUGGAACGCAGUGCGAUGACAACAAUGAAGGAACCAUUGAGGACCGGUGUCGCGCGGGCGUGUGUGUUGGGAUUGAUCCGUGUGAAGGACUUCCCCCUUGCGAAGAGCGCACAUGUCACGCUCCAGGCGAGUGUUUCCUUGGGGAGUGCUUUUAUGAUCCACUUCCCAACGGCAUUUGGUGCGAUGACGGCAACGAUGAACUCACCGCGCUCGACACGUGCCAAGAUGGCGUGUGUAUUGGAGUCGAGCAAACGUGCGUUGCCACGGACGGCGACGUGCAGCUGAGCAACGGCUGCGGUGGAUUUGACCUCACCAACACUGUGUGGCAGCUUGGACAAACAGCCAAUCCGUGCUCCUGCACGUCGACCAGCGGUAUUCGCUUCUUCGAGGCGACUGCAACCCUCAACACCGAAAGCCGAUGCUCGCAGGCAAUUUGCCAACAGCUGCAAAGCAUUCAGUUUGCAGAGUGUCGGUUCAAUGGCGAAAUCGUCUCGGAGGCCACGUGGACAGGCGGCACCGCUGCCAUCCCUUUGGCGUAUCAGGUACAUGAGUGUGUGGACGCUAUUGCGCACCUCGCGUGCUAG